AUGGCUUCCAACUCUACCGCGAAUGGCACCGUUGGCCUGCCACGACUUCAAGAUGUCCUACGCACCCCGGAAGAUCUAGAGAAGAUCAUCAGUCUGAAGGCCGAGAUUAACCGCAAGAAAAACGAUGUGGAUGCCAGAUUACGAGAAGGUCUACGAGAGAAUCUCGACAGUACGCAGAAUGGCAUGUCGACGCUGUCCGAGGGUCAGAAACUGGUCGGACAGAUUAAGGAAGAGAUGAAGAGUAUUCAUGAUCUCUGUGAGCAAGCGCAGGCAAUAAGAAAGAACUUCCCACAACUCGACUACCUUGCAAGAGUCCAUCGCAACUUCGAAGCCACCAGAGCAAUGCAGGCAGGUCUGGAUACGUUCGAAAAGGAUUGUUCACUUGUUCAGAGACUGUUGGAAGAUGACGAGGCUGACUUGGAGAAUCAGCCCAACUUACUCGAGGCACACAUGCGAUUGACUCGCCUCCGUGAUUUCCGCGAUGAGGCUCUGGACCAGAUACGAAAGGGAAAGGACGCCAGUCUGGAACAAACCUUGCUAGACUGGUUUCAACAACUCGAUAACAUCAUCGAAGUGUUCGACGAUCAUAUUGGCCAGGUCUGCCUGAGCCUCAUCGAACUAGUUCAGAGAGAUAACAAUGGCAUAAUUGUUCGUCUGGCCAUUGUCAUUGCUUCGGAGGAGAAGAAUGAUGACCGAGUGCGAGCUUUACAAGACGCGCAGAAGGAUCACCAAGACCUGGUCAGCAAAUUUACAUCCUUCACAAUAGGUCCCAAAACAAUUCGUGGGUAUAAGGAGAAAUUCCUUCAGGCCAUCGAAGCCGUUGCUCAAGCCAAAUUCGAAGAGACAAGGCAAGAAUUUCAAGGCGAUCCUGACAAGCUUGACAAGCAUACGAAAUGGUUCUUCAAUGACUUGUUUGUAGCCAAGCAGGGCAUGCAAAACCUCUUUCCCAAAAAGUGGAAGAUUUAUAAUACCUAUGUCAACAUCUAUCACAGACUCAUGCACGACUUUCUCAUUUCUUUCGUCGAUGAUGAAAAUUUACGCUCUCAAAUGAUGCUUGCUAUUGUACACUAUAUCGAAGUGUACUAUAAGAAAAUGAAGAAACUCGACUACACCCAGUCUAUGUUAAAACCUCAUGUACUGGAUUCACGAGAAGCAGAUUUGAUUCGGGAUUACAGAAAUCUGAUUACAAAAGCUCUCAAUUCUUGGAUCGACCGGAUGUACGUCACCGACAGAAAGAAUUUCUCUUCACGUUCGGCAGAAGCUAUCGACCAAGAUCCGGAUGGUCAUUUUAGAACGAAGACCCUCGGUGACAUGUGGCGAAUGCUACACGAGCAGGCUAUGGCUGCUGGUGAUUCUGAACGUGAAGAUGUGGUAGAGGGCGUCAUGAGUGCCAUGUUUAGCGCUCUCAAAUCGCGACAGCAACAAUGGGAGAAAGUUAUCGAUGAAGAAGUGGAUCGGUAUAAAAAUCCUUCACCUGAAUUGCUCGAAACCUUACAGCCACUUCAAGAUUGGCUUUUAGCCAUUGCAAACGAUCAGAUUGCCUGUGUCGAUGAUGCUGCAGGAGAUGUUGUAGACGAUCCUACCGCUCAAAAAGGAUAUCUAACUCGUUUCAGAGAAGAUUUCAUCAAACUACCCACACCACCGUCUGCCAAAUUCAUGUCAACGAAUGGCGUCACCGAAAUGGAUGCAUUGCGGGAUGGUUAUGUAGAUUUAGCCACCCAUUGCAUCAAUCGCUUCGUUCUUCUCAUCUUCAGAGUCGACUUCCGAACCAUUCUCACGGAGCUUUUCGUCCCCGGCAAAUGGUAUGAACAGUCUGCAAUUCAACGAGUUACCACCACUUUCGACGACUACAUUUCGGACUACAAUGCUGUCCUCCACCCUUCACUUUUGGAUAUCAUGAUUGAGGAGCUUUCCGAUGGCCUUCUGAUCCAAUAUCUGACUCUGAUACGUACAAACAAAGGCGUCAAAUUCCGACGAGGUGAACCAUUCCCGGCUAGAUUUAGGGAUGACGUUCUAGCAGCGUUUGCAUUCUUCGAGAAAUAUCCCGACGCAUUCAACGAAACCAUCAAGCCAAAGUGGAAGGCUGUAAACUUCACUGUGCAGCUACUGGAAGCUGACAAGAUGGAAGUGAUUGGUGUUUACGAACGGUUCAAAACAGAAUUCUGGGACCUUCAACUGUCGUGGGUUGAAGGGAUUCUAAAGACCCGUGAUGACUGGGAUCGUGCUAUGAUCACUGCUGUUAAGCAAGCUGCCGCAAGCACAUACACAGAAAGAGGGAUGGAUACGAUAAUGGGCAAGGUCAAGUGA